ACGGCUUCGCCGGAGGAAGCAGUGCGGGUCUUGACCGGCGUUGGCCCGCCGCCUCCGCCGCCGCCGCGCCUGGACCCGGUUCUUCUGGCCCGGCCCGACCCGGUCUGGCCCGCCCGGGCUCAGCGGCCGCGGGGCCACGGCUCCCGAUGGAAAUUAUAUGAUAUAGACUAUUUGGGUGACAUCUUCCUGAAAGAUCUUCAAGAAUUACAGAAGACAAAAACACUAAUGCAUUUGAGAAAGUGGUAAAGUUUGUGGGGAGGGGAAAAAACUGCUUUCCUGAUCUACAACUCGUCUGGAUGUUAAGAUGUCUGUGGACAUGAAUAGCCAGGGGUCUGACAGCAAUGAAGAGGACUAUGACCCAAAUUGUGAGGAGGAGGACGAGGACGAGGACCCUGGGGACAUAGAGGACUAUUACGUAGGCGUAGCAAGCGAUGUGGAGCAGCAGGGGGCCGAUGCCUUUGAUCCUGAGGAGUACCAAUUCACCUGCUUGACCUACAAGGAGUCCGAGGGUGCCCUCAAUGAGCAUAUGACCAGCUUAGCCUCUGUCUUAAAGGUAUCUCAUUCAGUUGCUAAACUUAUAUUAGUUAAUUUCCACUGGCAAGUCGCAGAGAUAAUGGACAGAUACAAGUCUAAUUCUGCUCAACUGCUCGUUGAGGCUCGAGUUCAGCCCAAUCCGUCGAAACAUGUCCCCACAACCCAUCCCCCUCACCACUGCGCAGUGUGUAUGCAGUUUGUGCGGAAGGAAAACCUACUGUCUCUGGCCUGUCAGCACCAGUUUUGCCGCAGCUGCUGGGAGCAACACUGCUCAGUACUUGUCAAGGACGGCGUGGGUGUGGGUGUCUCUUGCAUGGCUCAGGACUGCCCGCUUCGAACACCAGAGGACUUCGUGUUUCCGUUGCUGCCCAAUGAAGAAUUGAGAGACAAAUACAGACGCUACCUCUUCAGGGACUAUGUGGAGAGUCACUACCAGCUCCAGCUGUGCCCUGGUGCAGACUGCCCCAUGGUUAUCCGGGUACAGGAGCCCAGAGCUCGCCGAGUACAGUGCAAUCGGUGCAACGAGGUCUUCUGUUUCAAGUGUCGUCAGAUGUAUCACGCCCCCACAGACUGCGCCACAAUUCGGAAAUGGCUCACGAAGUGUGCAGACGACUCUGAAACAGCCAACUACAUUAGUGCUCACACUAAAGACUGUCCCAAGUGCAACAUCUGCAUUGAGAAGAACGGAGGCUGCAAUCACAUGCAAUGCUCCAAGUGUAAACACGACUUCUGCUGGAUGUGUCUAGGAGAUUGGAAGACCCACGGCAGCGAGUACUAUGAGUGCAGUCGGUACAAGGAGAACCCUGACAUUGUCAAUCAGAGCCAGCAAGCCCAGGCCAGGGAGGCCCUCAAGAAGUACUUGUUCUACUUUGAGAGGUGGGAAAACCACAACAAGAGCUUGCAGCUGGAGGCACAGACAUACCAGCGGAUUCACGAGAAGAUUCAGGAGAGGGUCAUGAAUAAUCUGGGGACGUGGAUCGACUGGCAGUACCUACAAAAUGCUGCCAAGCUCUUGGCCAAGUGUCGAUACACCCUGCAGUACACGUACCCAUAUGCAUACUACAUGGAGUCUGGACCCAGGAAGAAGCUGUUUGAAUACCAGCAGGCUCAGCUGGAGGCUGAGAUCGAAAACCUGUCGUGGAAGGUGGAGCGUGCAGACAGCUAUGACAGAGGGGACUUAGAGAACCAGAUGCACAUAGCAGAGCAGCGGAGGAGAACCCUGCUGAAGGAUUUCCAUGACACCUAGGUUGGGACAUGGACGUGCCAGAGUGAGGAAGAUGUGGCUGCGAGGUCUCCCGGCUGCUGUACUGCAUGCUGCAGGCUCUGCCUUUCACAACCCCAGGCAACAGCCAGGGCCCCACUCCUGAGAGACACUGGCCACACACCUCUUAGUCGAUUUCUGUUUUUUUUUUUUUCCCUCAUCUUUUUGCUUUUUGUUUUUCCCAGGGUAGAGGCCAUGUUGAAUUGGCCUCUUCUCAGGACCUUUAAUUCCCCCUGGAUGGUUGUUGGGAGGGAGGGAAAGUUUUUUCUGAAUGACUAUUAAUAGGAUUAGAUCAUUACAACUUAUAAUUUUCAAAGAUUGUACAAUUAUACAAAAAAGAGGGGCAGACAAACCAUAGAAUUACACAGAACCCUUUUUAAAAAUAAAUUGGCAUUGGAGUGUUUUAACCUCUAGCUAUUUUACUUAGAAUGUAACAUAUGCUGCCCGCUCACCUUGCCUCAGAAUCUCUACUGCAAGAGGGCCCCGGUGGUCUUUGCUUGCCAGAUUCAUAUGUGUUUGGCCACAGCUAGAGUCUCAAGGGAAGAGCAUGGGUGGCAGAUGGUGGGAAAUUGAGGUGGCCUGAGUUAUAGGCAUGGAGCGCAGGGAAUCACAUCGUGCCUCCUGCCUGGUCCUUGUAGACCCUUUUGUGGUCAGGUGCACUGCCUUACGUUGGCAGUGAGGAGACAAUACAGAACGGAGUCUUGCCAUGGGGUGUCAUCCUGUCUGAUGGCACUGUGUGUCUGUGGACUCAUCUUAAUUCUUGAAAGUGAGCUUUACCUGGGUCUGGCUACUCAGGCCAGAGCCCACAGCCGAACACGUAGGUGGGCUUGUGGCCCUCCAGACCAGGGGAUGUGAGUUCAGCACAGUUUUCUUUUGUUUUCUAAAGAUAGAGAUCCACUUUUAAAGGGAAUUGUUCCCCCAAAUAAAUUUGUUUUACCUUGGUUCUUUCUUUUGUGCCAGUGUUCCUGUGGUGUGACUCUGACCAGGUUCACACACAGCCAUACCUGACACUGUCCUGCUACACUUUCCUCUGGUGAACGUCAGGGUCAGAGUUCAGCAUGGUCCUCCCAAGGACUCUGGUCUGCCUGGCUCAGGGACCUUGUUUGCACAAAUUGUUUUUAUGUUAACCUGGAGUGUAUAUCUCCAUUACCCACUCUAGGGGUUGGUGGCGCUCCCCCUUGCCUGGUUUCAGCUAUUGGAGGACAGUACCUCUAGGGUCUGGGAGUCUGAGGCCAGCACCGUUCUUGAUUUGUGGUCCCAGCUCCUGUACCACAAGGGGCGGGCCAGGGAAAAGGGCCAGCUUUUUCACAGUGCAGAGUAACAAGUGGUUUGCAUGGUGUCCUACCUGUCCUGAACCUGGUCCUGUGGGCCUUUCAGAAGUUACAUCUGUGAUUCCUGGGGUUUCUAUGGCUUUUUUCAGUGCCUCCACUCUGAGGCUGGCAGAGUUGUCCAUACUCGAUAGGGCCUCCUUGACCUCCUGGAAGAGUUGCUUGGGAGAUCUGUGAAUAAAUAUUGUGUUGGAAAUUCUUUGAUAUUCAAACAUUUUCACCUCAGUCGGUAAUUUCCCAGGUACCAUGUAAGCUGUAAACUGAAUCACUCUUGAAGGCAGAGGACAGCUGUAACUCUUGGAGUCAUGGGGUACAUAGCCGGCUGCAGGCUCCCUUUCUCCCCGGUCAGGUUUUGCCUCUUCCUGUCAUCUCCUGCAAGGAAGGGACCAUGGGGUGGAGCGGUAGGACAAGUUAUGAGUAUAGCAGAUGAACCCAGAGUUGGACAGUGCUGAGCUAACUGAAGGAGGAGAGUGCCUGCUGCGGGACCUAGGGGUGGGGUGUGACUGCUGCAUUGGCCCAUGGAAGAUCCUGGUGUCUGGCGCUUUUACCUCUGCAUUGAGUCCUUUCUGUGUCACCGCCAUGGCAGCGGCAGGAGCUGAGUUGCAACUCUGCACCUUAAGUCACACCCUCGGCGCCCUGGACAUUUUUUGGACUGCACAGCUACCACAUAGUGCAUUUGCAUCCAGCUGUGGCCCCAACCACUGGAGCUGCAGGAGGUUCUGUGCCCAGACUGCAGCCUGCAGCCCUUGAUCUGUGGAGAGCUUUUCUUUUGUGCCUCAAGUGGCUGUCUCUUGUUAACAUCAGGAAGAUGGAAAAGGUCAGGCAGAAUUUUUCUGCCCUGCAAAGGAAGGCACAGUGUUUUCAUGAAUUUACCAUAUAUCUUUGUUUUCUUCAAAGAAAAAGUUGAGGUGAUGUCAUCUGCUCAACCUUGAGUGGUUUAUUCAAAAUAAACUGCAAGUUUCUGAUUAUAAAA